CCCCCGGCGAAUGAGCCGCUGUUGAACGCCAUGGCGAUUCCUGGUCGACUAUCCGGUGCUCAUGCGAUUCUUCUGGCUACCCAUCUUUGUGUUACUGGGAAUGUCUCCCGCUUACCACAGGUCCAAGCCCAAUUUCCAGCCUAUCUUCCUCUUGAACGAGUCCUUCGCAUCAUCUUGACCUUUCUACCGGAAAGCACAGCGCCCCAGUCUUACACGCCAGUACUCCAAGAGCUUUUAGAUGGUCGUCGGUCGCAAACGGAUGGCGACGAUAUCGAUGUUUCUCUAGUCGAUAGUUUCUCUGAGGCUGCUGCCAAGAAACGUGUACGGACACUUCGGUUACUACCACUCAAGCACCACGACGAUGAAGACAGUCAAGACCCAACCGACCUUUUAACUCAAUUCCUCAUACAUCGGGCAUAUCGUAUAGAUCUCGAAACUGCCCUUCAACCUCUUAUCCUUGAGCUUCUUUUACCGUUCUACCAGCGCUUACCGACUGUGCGGACAUGGUUAAUCUCUAGCUUACUACCGCUACUCCGACUCAACUACGAAUACUAUCCCAGUCAGGAUGAGACAUUCUCCCUGGACCUUCUAGAGUCGAUGGACAGCCACACCGCGAUCAAUGUACUUCUUUCGAUGACGGGCGCUCAGAAGAACAGCAUGGAUUUAGUGAACAACUUACGCGGACUACUUGGCCCGUGGAUGUACGGGAGCAACCGGUCGAAAAGGCGUAGACUCAACCAGGCUGCGGAGGCCAAUUCCAUCUCCCUCCCUCAAGCUAACACCCAACAACAGAGUAAUAACAUCUCUGGAUGGCAAUAUGUGAACGAGUGGCUGCUGGCACGAAGCCUAGUAGAUUAUGAGAGCAUUGUGAAUGCCUUCCUUAACUGGGAUGGUCCAGAGGAUGCGGAUCUCGGAGGGUUUGAGGAAGGAAACCAAAAAUAUAAUCACGAUGUGUCGAAGGACCUGAAUAUCCGAUACGGCCAAUCGGGACUUGCUGUUAUCUAUUCGACUUCCGAUACAAGCAAGUCUUGUCUAGAAGGCUCUACCAAGGUCCUUUCGCGAGUUGCCAAGUUGUUGAGUCUUGAGGAUCAAUUGUUCAUCUCGGCUAACAACUCAGCACUUCCUUCGGUGACAUUUAAUGCAUCUCAGAUCUCUUCGUCGUCGAGGGUGUCCCUUUUGCAGAAUGCUUUGUUGGUGGCAUCGAACCCAUUAACAUGCCCAUCUGCUUCCUCUAUAUCGUUCCUCAGCGCCAUCCUCCUCUCCAUCAAGACAUUAGCCGAACUUGGACAUUCUGUUACAUGCCGAACAGCUGUCAACAUUUGCCUUCAUAGUAGCCAGGAAACGCAACUACAUGAAUUACGAAACGUUGUGUCUUCUAUUGUAAGACAAACAAAAUCCAGCCAUGACUGGCGGGGCGUUCGCCAGCAGAUUCUCUGGCUGCAGCAUUGGGGCUCGGACAAAACGGAGGGGAGUGAAAGUAAUUCACCCUGUCAUGGCCUCUUUUGGAGGGUCUCACGAGAUGUGGUGGAGGCAGAGGCCUUGAAGGCAUUGCUAGAGAUCAAGGAAUUCAACUUGGCCGUUGAUAUCUAUAUAAAUUCCCCAACUGCCCUUAGCUCAGCCCAAGUUGAAGAAGCCGUCAAAGAGGCCAUUUUCACAACUUAUGAUAAUGCUAGUAAUGGAAACAGAACUAGGGGAGGCAUGAAGCGAGCGUACGAUAUCUUGCAAGCCUUCCAACCACACUUCCCGGAAUCUGUCUCCUUCAAGGAGAUUCGUGCCCUCAUAUCAGCAACUCAUGCUCUAUCCUUCUACUCCCUCACUUUGCAACAUGGUGUUCCUUUUCAACCCGUCAGUAUCCGUGUGCACUCCGAUCCCCUUUCCUUGAUCGAGAAGGUGCUUGAUCAAAACUCAAAAGCCUACACCAAGGUGGAUGAUCUUCUCGCAAUCGGAAGAAAUCUGGUUGCGGCUGGUUUUUCGUCUCGCCUUUCCGAUAGCGACGACGUAGACCUUCCGCCUACUUCUGGGGAGGAUACCGUUGUCACAGCCGAACGACGUAUUAUGUCGCUCGCAAUUUCGUCAGCUCUCUCAUCCAAUGAUUUCGGUACCGCAUAUUCUUACAUCCUCACGCGUCUCACUCCUCCAUCUCUCUUAUCCACAUCCUCACCCCUUACAAAUCCGGCCGUAAGGGAUGACAUCUCCUGGCGUGCUGUCUACAAUGCUGGCCGGUACCGUGACCCUGCGCUGUCCUCCUCUUCCAACCUCCAGGCUCAAAUAACCCAACUCUCCCAACGAAUGGAACUUCUUUCUCUUGCCCUGAUCCUCGUCCCUUCUCCCGACCCACUCCCUGAGAUCCUUGGCGCCUGGCGACGGUGCGACGAGGAGAUGAACGGCCUUCGCGCACGCGAAGCCGAAGAGGAAGAACUAUGGGACACCAAGGGAGACAACCUCUCAUCUGUCCCUGGCGGCUUCGGACCAACAGACAGCGAACAGGACGCAUAUGAAACAAAGAAACAACACGCCAGACGUGCUCGAGCCCAUAACGACCGCCUCAACGCUGAAGAAGCCCCCAUGGGCCUCUUCGAAGUUGCCCGGGGCGCCGCGUUGGCGCUCCACAAGAACGCGUUCCCGCUCAACGGCGCUACCACGACCGCCGACCAACAACCGACGUCAUCAUCUCACGCUCGCGGACUCAGCGAGGACUCCACAGAGGAGAGAGUGCGUAAGCGAGAUGUGGUCAGUAACAUGGUGACAGGCGGAUUAGUCAACGGUAUCGGAUGGGUCUUGGGUGCUCAACCAGUGAACCGCUAAGACCAUACGCCCCGAUUUUCAUGAUGAGUACGACGAUGGUUCUUUAUUCUGGCGGGUCUUUCAAUAAUGCUUCCAUCAUGUGAUAUCCUGUACAAGCGACUUUGCGCGGUGUUUCUAGCAAUUUAUUCUA